ACCAACCCUCUGUGGUUGGAAAUAUUAUUCUGUUUUUACACAUGAAGAAAUGGAAGGCCAGAGUUGCUGAGCAGCUGGUCCUAAGGCACGCCGUCAGUCACUGGAAAAGCAAGUGGCAAGCCUGAGAGUCAGCUCUGUCUGCUCAGAACUCUUGUUCCGAGAGGAAUCUGGGAGAACAACGCUCUGUCUGGAUACUUACUCUAGCCUCAGCACCGCCAUUAGAUCCACUGUGGCUUUGUGAAGAUGAAUAAAUUCUCUGGACUUCAUUGGUGUGAAAUAUUGAACCCUACUGUAUGCAAAGUGUGACACAAGGCAUUAAGAAUGCAAAGCUGAAUUUGGCAGAAAUCUGUUGGCAAGCCACAAUGGAGUAGAGGAGGAACUCAUGCAGCCAGAAUCUGGGGCCAAUGGAACAGUCAUUGCUGAGUUCAUCCUGCUGGGCUUGCUGGAGGCGCCAGGGCUGCAGCCAGUUGUCUUUGUGCUCUUCCUCUUUGCCUACCUGGUCACGGUCGGGGGUAACCUCAGCAUCCUGGCAGCUGUCUUGGUGGAGCCCAAACUCCACAGCCCCAUGUACUUCUUCCUGGGGAACCUAUCAGUGUUGGAUGUUGGGUGCAUCAGCGUCACUGUUCCAUCAAUGUUGAGUCGUCUCCUGUCCCGCAAGCGUGCAGUUCCCUGUGGGGCCUGCCUUACCCAGCUCUUCUUCUUCCAUCUGUUCGUUGGAGUGGACUGCUUCCUGCUGACCGCCAUGGCCUAUGACCGAUUCCUGGCCAUCUGCCGGCCCCUCACCUACAGCACCCGCAUGAGUCAGACAGUCCAGAGGAUGCUGGUGGCUGCAUCCUGGGCUUGUGCCUUCACCAACGCACUGACCCACACUGUGGCCAUGUCCACGCUCAACUUCUGUGGCCCCAAUGAGGUCAAUCACUUCUACUGUGACCUCCCACAGCUCUUCCAGCUCUCCUGCUCCAGCACCCAACUCAAUGAGCUGCUGCUUUUUGCUGUGGGUUUUAUAAUGGCAGGUACCCCCAUGGCUCUCAUUGUCAUCUCCUAUAUCCAUGUGGCAGCUGCAGUCCUGCGAAUUCGCUCUGUAGAGGGCAGGAAGAAAGCCUUCUCCACGUGUGGCUCCCACCUCACUGUGGUUGCCAUAUUCUAUGGUUCAGAGGUGCUCCUAGGAUGUCAGGAAGAAGGUUUACUAGAUGAGAAAACACAGAAGAAAAGAGUGCUGGGUAUUUUCUCCAGCUACGUAUCUAAAAUGUCCUCAAAAUUUGUGACGAACUGCUCAACUUAACACUCCCUACCUUUCGAGUCAUGCUGGCUGACGGCGUCAAUAGACACAGGAAAAAGAUGCCUUUUUCUGAUUCUUAUUGCAUCAUCAGACAAACUUCAGGGACACAAAGAGUGAGUCUUCUUCCAGGGUCAAGAAGACCGUUGGGGAAGACCUGGGAUGUGGUUCUCAUCUCAUCCCUUCUCUCAUUCACGACGCACUUGACCUUGAAUAAGUUGAUGAGUUCCUCUGGGUCUGUUCUUGACCAAAAGCACUAGGUUAUAUUAAGGUUCUUCCACUGCGAGAUUUCUCCGAGUCUGUUAGUUUGAAUGAAUAGAAAGACUGUAUCUGUUUACCCUGAGAGAGCUACCACACCUUCCACCAUCACUUCUUUUGGUACAUUUAACCCCUGCAGCAAAACUGAGCCUGCUGUUUAUCUCCAGAGAUCUGGUGCCUCUGGCAUUUCUUCAGCUGGCUCUUUACUUCAAGCCUCAAGGAGAGAUUUCUGUCUUGGCCUUGUCACUAGGGUGGAAUGGAGCCACUGGGUCCAGCAUCAUAGAGAAUGGCCAAAGGCCUGAUUCCCAGGUCCCUGUUCACCCUCCAGGAUCACACGGUUUCUUUAACAAUUUGGGAGAUUCUGUUUCUUUUGGAAUUUUUCUCCCCUUUUAUAUUUCAAACUGGAAAUCUCCUUGCCACUUAAAAAUUCUAUUAUCCAUGUAAUACAUCAUGUUGUAAAUGUACAAACAGUACAGAACAUCACCACCCUUCCGCACCAUCCGCACAGUAAUCUUAUCUUUAAAAGUAACUACUGUUAAUAGUUUCAUGUUUAGCUUUCCAGACAAAUGAACACACACAAACACACACUCACACACACAAACACACCCACAUUCAAAACCAUACUGUGUUGUAAUCUGACUUUUCUCUGUCUAUAUUGCAUAGUAUAAUUCUUACAUGUGAGCCUACAAAUCUAUCUUACCCAUUUUAAAGGCUGCAUAAUAUUCCAUUUAUGUAAAAUUAUAAUCUAUUUAACCACACCCCAUUGAUGUAAUUUAGUUCCUGUUUUUGCAACUGCCAAUAAUACUGAGAUUAGUAUUUAUAUAUCUAUCUGAAUAUCUGAAAUUAUUUCCAGUGGCUAAGUUCAUGAACGUAGUUUGUGUGUUUGUGUAUAAGUACAUGUUCACUAUCAGAAAUACAAAUGCAAAGUUAAAGUUUAAUAAGUAUUCUGCCUUUGUAUUUGCCAAAAAAUGUACAGCAUUUUACAUCCAGAUUGGCAGUGUAUGCGAAUGCUUGUUGCUUCACAUCUUUGACCUCAUUGGAUGUUAUAUAUAUCUUUUUAUAUUUGAAAACUAGAUGAAAUACUGUAUUAUUUUUAAUUUGAAUUUCUUUGAUUAUGGGUGUGGUUGAACACAUUUUUAUGUACAGUCAUGUGUCACUCUACGACGGGGAUACAUUCUGAGAAAUGCAUUGUUAGGUGAUUGUGUUGUGCGAACAUCGCUUAUCCCUGUGUAAGAAUGUACUUGCACAAACCUAGGUGGUAUGGCCUACUGAACACCUAGGCUAUAUGAAAUAGCCCGUUAAUAGCCUAUUGCUGUGACCACUGCCAUGUAUGCAGGCUUUGUUGACCAAAACAUCAUUAUACAGCACAUAACUGUAUUUAUUUGUUAUUUGUAUUUCUUCUUUGCAGGUUUCUUUUUCUUUUUUUGUCUUUUUUUUUUUUUUUUUGCCCUUUUGGUGAUAGUUUAUCUUUUUGUAAAUGAUUGGUAGAAACCUUUUCUGUUUUAAAAUGGUAAUUCUUUGCCAUAUAUGUUGCUAACAUAUUUCCUAAUUUCCCAUUUGUCUUUAAUUUUGUGUAGAGUAACUGCUGCCCAAAUUAAUUUUAUAUUUUAUGAACUUUAUCUUCUUUGUUUUAUGUCAUGCUUAGGAAAAAGAGCUUUUUCAUCUAAAUGCUGUAUAAAUAUGUGUCUGAUGUUUUUCUAGUAUUUUUACAUUUCUUUUUAAGUCAAAUAUUUAAUAUAUUUAGAGCUU